GAAGAGAGAGAGAAACUUAGCUUUUUGACAAAAAGUUGCUCAUCACUUCUUGCUUAUUUGCUAAGUUUUCCAGAAAUCGUACAGUGUGGAAAUCAAAGAACAGAGACGAUGUCGUUUUGUUUCCAUGUACGAGGUUUAUAGCACUGAACACUGAACACUCAACCACACUCCAAUCCAACGUCUCAAUUCUCUCCACCACCACCAUCAUGUUCACACUGGCCACCAUAGAAGAAAAGAACAAGAGGAAAAUGUGUGAUCAGGAAGUGAACCAGCCUCUCUCACCUUCACGAUCACCAUCAAAUCCUCCUCAAUUUCAACUUCACCCAAGCACCCCAGAGAAGAUCCCAAGCCCACACAUUCAGAAACGAAUGCAAGGAGACACUUGCUUCAAGUGUCACCAACAAGGUCAUUGGAGUUGGUUUUGCCCUUUGAACUCCCCCAACAACAAGCCCCUCUCAUCAUCUUCACACUCACCCACUCACCACUCCCCUCAGAACAUUCACUGCCGUUGUGGCUACGGUUUUUGCAUCAUCAAAACCUCCAACAGCGAGAGAAACCCGGAUAGGAAGUACUAUUCCUGCCCCAUCAAAAGGGGGGCACAGUGUAAAGGGUAUGGAUUUAUGAAAUGGUGUGAUGAGCCUGUUGAUCAGAGUGAUUUGCAGCCUCCGUUGUUCAAGUACCCUGAGUGUGAAUGCAGAGCUGGAGUGUGUCGUAGAGUGAGGGGACCAGAACAGAGUACCAAUGCGGUUAAGUACUAUUUUGAGUGCCCUGUGAAAAAGGGUCAUGGAUCAUGUGGAUACCAAGUGUUAGAGGAUGAAGUGCUCAACAACACAAGCCUUGCUCCUGUCCGACAAAGCAUGUCUGAAGAUUUAGUGCUCAACAACACAAGCAUUACUCCUAUCCGGAAAAGCAGGCAAAGAUCUCUUGAUGAAUUUUACCAAAAUGUUAAAAGUUAUAAAAUUGAGAAUGGCCUGGGUAAGGGAGGUAAUUUCCUUGGACAAACAAAAAGGAUAAGAAUCAUGGACAAUUAUGAAUUUCUCUCAUCCUUGGUUAUAUCUGAAAUUCCAGAAGGUGAAGAUGCGGGUGCACAAUCGCACAAGAACUCUCAACAACCUCCACAAGAGCAAAAAGGAUCAACUCCGGAAACCAGUACACACAGCUCAAGCCAUCAUCCCUUCCCCAGUUACAACCCAUCACUGAAGCAAACCACACCCGCCUAGCUCAAGGACAAUCUCUCAAUGCAUGAUCCAUUGUUUCCUCCAAUCUAUCACACCGUAGACAAAAAAUAGUAGGGACUACUGCUCCUUUAUUCCAGAGCCUUUUACGCGUCAGAACAAUGCUUCUCAGAUAGAUUAAAUAUUUAUGUAAAUUUUUGCUACUUGUGAGUGCUUGAGAAUUUUAAAUAAUUUAUUAUUUUCUUAAGUUAU